AUGCUCAGACUCAACCCCACCUUCGUAGCAGGCGAAUAUCUCUACUUCAUUCUCGCUGCCGCGACAUUCUACCACGCUUACACUCAUCGAAUUACUGGCAACAGUCUAGGCCUGUGGUUCGGCUGCCUAUUGAGCGGGGCCGUAGUGGAGUUCUUCACCAUAUUGUCACCGGAAAUCGGCAAUUUCUACCAUACUCAAGCAUCAGUAAUGGUGGUAGGAAAAGUGGAGCCCCUUUACAUGAUCCUUGGAUGUUACGCAGGAAUCCAAUAUCUGGCGGUUCAGUUGGCAUUCACAUUCGGGGCGGACGCAAAACAGAAUCUCUUACGGAAACUCGGGCUGGCUCUCUUCUCGGGUCUCACUGGGAGAUACCUGUGGUCCUUGCUCGAUAUCGUUGGUGCUCACUUGCUUUGGUGGACUUGGCAUGAGAGUGAUGAACUCUACAGCGCUAAGAUUUGUGGGGUUCCUAUAGCCAGCAGCUUUUGGAUACUUUCUGAGACGGCGUGCAUUGGCCUUGUCUAUGCUCUAACACGGACUCGAUCUACGCUUCUGAUUUCCACCCUCAUGUUCUUGUUGGUUCCCGUCCUUUUCAACAUCCCUUUUGCGGUGCUAUAUCAUCCCAUUGAACAAUAUGGUCGACCUGAUGUAGCAUUGUAUCUGAUGGAAGCCAUAGGAGUUAUCGCGGCGCUCGGGCUUCUCGCUGGUCAUCACUCGACCAAAUGUUCUCGACACUUGUUCGGCAUCGCUGUGGCCUUCGUUCUGAUUCAUCUCGUCAUUUUGCUGGUCGAUCGAAGCGAAAUGCCUCAUAAGCUGAGAUAUUCCUACGGCCAGCCGUUCGUUUACCGGGACUGCCAGGGUGAACAAGAGACUGUCUUCUGGGGUAUGAUGACGAGAGAUCGUUUCCUUUGUCCUGCUAAGAUGAGCGCGGAAAAGCUUUACACGCUCAACUGCCUCGCCGAGAUGCCAGUUGAGGGGAAAUGGUAUUGGUUGUGCGGUGUAGGGAUGACUUUCGAAGUUUUCAUUCGAAUUAUCGUUGAGUUUCUGAAGUCCUUGGCCUUGUUGUUGUUGAUUUAUGUCGCUAAAGGCAACGAGAAGCGAAAAGCUGACUGA